AUGCCAAUCGGGCUGUGCAACGCGGCACAACGCUUGGUGCUGCUUAUGGAUCGGGUGAUACCAGCGGAGCUUAGAUCCAACGUUUUCGUGGAUUUGGACGACUUGCUAAUCCUCACUCCAGAUUUUCAGACGUACCUGAAGUACUUGCGUCGAGUAGCCCACAGUCUGAAAUCAGCCGGAUUGACCAUAGGGUUAAAGAAGUCCAAGUUUUGCUUCAAAUCGCUGACUUACCUUGGGUUUAUAGUCGGAGGUGGACUGCUUCGGAUGGAUCCUGGACGAGUUUCGGCGAUUCAGAAGAUGCCCUACCCGAAAUCCAUGAACGUAGCUUUGCUAAACGCAAAGUUCGUCCUAAGUCCCAGCGUCCCACAGCCAGUAGCUGACCUUGAUGAGCGCGCCGGUCCUGGUUCACGCGAAUUUCAAGAAAUAUUUAUACAUCCAGUGCGACGCAUUUCACGUUGGCGUUGGCGCGGAGUGUCUGGCGACCUUCUAGCCAUCCUGAAGUUCAAACCGUACGUGAAUGGGAUGCCGUUCACUUGUAUCACUGAUCACUCCAGCCUUAAGUGGUUGAUGACGAUGAAGGAUCUGUCCGGACGAUUCGCAAGGUGGUCUCUCCAGCUGCAGGGCUACGAUUUCAGCACUGAACAUCGCAAAGGCAGCGAGAACGUUGUCGCCGACACCCUAUCCUGCAUCAUUAAGGAGAUCCGAAUAGAUCCGUCGGAGUUACUAGGAUUCGAGAUGACUGAAUUUGCUGCGGAAGAUUACGCAAGAUGUGGUGUCUAA